ACUGGUCCAGCCCAUCCCGGAAACAGAAAACAGCAGGGCAGUGGCCGAAGACUGUUUACUAUUUUCCUUUAAUAGCGAUAGGAAAAAUAACACAUUUAAAUGAAAAUAAACAGUGAUUAAAUGCAGAGUCUUGUGCAUGACUCUCUAUUCACAUCCCAUUUGAGUCACCACAAUGACAGCCAUCAAGCACGCCCUCCAGAGGGACAUCUUUACGCCAAACGAUGAGCGUCUCCUCAGCAUUGUCAACGUCUGCAAGGCGGGGAAGAAGAAGAAGAACUGCUUCCUGUGUGCCACAGUCACCACAGAGAGGCCUGUGCAGGUGAGGGUGGUGAAGGUGAAGAAGUCAGACAAAGGGGAUUUCUACAAGCGACAGAUGGCCUGGGAACUGAGCGAUCUGGCUGAAGUGGAUGCAAAAGAUGCCAGCAAGGAGAACCCAGAGUUUGACCUCCAUUUUGAGAAGGUGUAUCGAUGGGUGGCCAGCAGCACAGCUGAGAAGAAUUCCUUCAUCUCCUGCAUCUGGAAGCUGAAUCAGCGUUACCUGCGGAAGAAGGUGGAGUUUGUGAAUGUCAGUUCCCAGCUGCUGGAAGAGCUUCCUAAAGCGGAAGAGUCAGUCCCCAGUGGUGAGAGUCAAAGUGUUGCCGGGGGUGAUGAGGAUGCUCUGGAUGACUACCAGGAGCUGAAUGCCCGUGAGGAGCAAGAUAUCGAGGGCAUGAUGGAGGUGUGCGAGUACGCAAUCUCUAACGCUGAGGCCUUCGCUGAGAAACUCUCCAAAGAGCUACAGGUUCUGGAUGGGGUAGUAGACAGCCAUGGAGCCCAGAUCUCCCAGAGCAACCGCCUCAUCCAGAUCAGCAACACCAACAACGGCAAGCUCCUGGACGAGAUCCAGUUCCUGGUGAACUACAUGGACCUGUCAAAGGGACACAUCAGGGCCCUGCGGGAAGGAGACCUUUCCUCCUCCAAAGGCAUUGAGGCCUGUAUCAAUGCCUCUGAGGCUCUACUGCAGUGCAUGAACGUGGCACUCAGACCAGGUCAUGAGAAACUGAUGGCUGUGAAGCAGCAGCAGCACCUGUUCACUGAGCUCAGAGAUACCUUUGCCCGGCGCCUCACCAACCACCUCAACAAUGUGUUCGUCCACCAGGGCCAUGACCAAAGCUCUGUGCUGUCCCAGCACAUGGCAGAGCUGACCCUGCCUAAACACAGCCCCCUACACAGGGACCUGCUACGUUACGCCAAGCUCAUGGAGUGGCUGAAGAACACCCAGAGAGAGAAGUACGAAGGCCUGUCCAGGACUUAUGUUGAUUACAUGACCAGAUUAUAUGAACGAGAAAUCAAAGAUUUCUUUGAGGUGGCGAAGAUCAAAAUGGCGGGCACAGCCAAGGAGGGGAAGGGAAAUAAGUUUGCCACGCUUCCGCGGAAAGAGAGUGCUCUCAAACAGGAAACGGAAAGCCUGCAUGGCAGCUCCGGGAAGCUUACAGGCUCCACCUCCAGUCUGAAUAAGCUGGCAGUGCAGGGCUCCAGCAGCAGGCGCUCCCAGUCCUCCUCACUGCUGGACAUGGGAAACAUGUCUGCCUCAGACCUGGAUGUGGCCGACAGGAACAAGUUUGACAAGAUCUUUGAGCAGGUUCUUAGUGAGCUGGAGCCCUGUCUAGCAGAACAAGACUUCAUCAGCAAGUUCUUCAAGCUACAGCAGCACCCCACCCUGGCUCAGGGAGAAGUGGAGGAAUCGGAUGGGGGGGUGCCCUCCAGACAGCCACCUCCAGGGGAGUACAGACACUUCAUAUCAUCGACUGAGAAGGACAUGGUGCGGUUGAUGAUGAACAAGGUCUUCCAGAGCAUUGAGACAGAACUUAACAGCCUCAUCGCGCUGGGAGACAAGAUUGACAGCUUCCACUCCCUGUACAUGUUGGUGAAGAUGAGUCAUCAUGUGUGGACGGCAGAGAAUGUGGACCCCGCCUCCUACCUCAGCACCACCCUCGGCAACGUGCUGGUCACCGUCAAAAGGAACUUUGACAAGUGCAUUUCGGGUCAGAUCAGACAGAUGGAGGAGGUUAAGAUCUCUAAGAAGAGCAAGGUGGGCAUCCUGCCCUUUGUCGCUGGGUUUGAGGAGUUUGCUGAGCUGGCUGAAACCAUCUUCCGUAAUGCAGAGCGCAGAGGAGAUCUGGACAAGGCAUAUGUCAAACUCAUCAGAGCUGUCUUCAUGAAUGUGGAGAAAGUGGCCAAUGAGAGUCAGAAGACGCCCUGUGACGUGGUGAUGAUGGAGAACUUCCACCACAUCUUCUCCACACUGUCCCACCUUAAGAUCUCCUGCCUGGAGACAGAGAGGCGAGAGGCCAAACACAAAUACACAGACCACCUGCAGUCCUAUGUCAUCAACUCCCUGGGACAGCCCCUAGAGAAACUCAAUCACUUCUUUGAGGGAGUGGAGGCACGUGUGGCCCAGGGCGUACGUGAGGAUGAGGUGAGCUACCAGCUGGCGUUCAACAAACAGGAGCUGCGCAAAGUAAUCAAGGAGUACCCCGGCAAGGAGGUAAAGAAGGGACUGGACAACCUGUACAAGAAGGUGGACAAGCAUCUAUGUGAGGAGGAGAGCCUGCUACAGGUGGUGUGGCAUUCCAUGCAGGAUGAGUUCAUCUGUCAGUACAAGCACUUUGAAGGCUUGAUUGGCCGUUGCUACCCUGGGUCUGGAAUUACCAUGGAGUUUACCAUUGGAGACAUGUUGGAGUACUUCUCAAGCAUUGCACAAUCACAUUAAUUGUGUGUGUGUGUACUGAACAAAAAUAUAAAUGCAACAAUUUCAAAGACUUUACUGAGUUAGUUCAUAUUAGGAAAUCAUUCAAUUUAAAUAAAUAAAUUAGGCCCUAA